AUGGAUGCAGCACCCGACGUCUUGGAAGCGUCACAAGGCGGGUUCGCCGAGCUGAACGAGGCGAACGGGAGGGGAACAGCAGCUUUACCAAAAGUUAUUGUGGAUGAUGCACCCAAGUUUGAUCUGGAGUCGUACAUUGCAAAUUACACCGGGAGAACCAAAUUCGAUCGACUUUUCCUCAUCGGAACAUGCUCGACGUAUCUAUCCGGGGAGGCUCUGAAAGCUGCCAUCGGCGAGGCCAAAGCCGGCAAGGACGUUGCUCGGUACGAGCGGGCGGUGCGGGCGCUGGGCGAGGCGGCACCGGCGGAGAAAGAGGCGGUUCUUGAUCGCGAGUGGGUGGAUCGUAUGCUCAAGACGACCAAGGCGGAGACAGACCGGUUGGAACAUGAGUUGAGGGGGUACAAGAAUAACUUGAUCAAGGAGAGCAUCAGGAUGGGCAACGAAGACCUCGGAUUACACUACCACCAGAUUGGAGACUUGGUGGCUGCGUCAAAGUCGUAUUCGCGGAUGCGAGACUACUGCACGACGCCGAGCCACAUUGCGUCGAUGCUGUUCAAGGUGAUCAACGUGGCGGUGGAGCGCGGCGACUGGCUGAGCGUGCAGUCGAACGUGCAGCGGCUGCGCAGUCUGCAGUCCAAGCCCGAGGAGCAGGCCAAGCUGCAGCCGAAGAUGUCGGCCGCGCUGGGGCUGGCGCAGAUGCACUCGGAGAACUACCUGGAGGCGGCCAACAACUUCCUGGCCACGGACCCGAGCCUGGCCGAGACGUACGCCGAGGUGCUGACCUCCAACGACGUGGCCGUGUACGGCGGGCUGUGUGCCCUGGCGUCCAUGGACCGCGGCGAGCUGCAGCGCCGCGUGCUCGACAACAGUGCGUUCCGCAACUUCCUCGAGCUCGAGCCGCACAUCCGCCGCGCCAUCUCCUUCUUCUGCAACUCAAAGUUCCGCCCCUGUCUCGACAUCCUCGAAGCCUACCGCGCCGACUACCUGCUGGACCUGCAUCUGCAGCGCCACUUCCCCACCCUCCUGUCCCGCAUCCGCACCAAGUCCAUCCAGCAGUACCUCGUCCCCUUCAGCCGGGUCACCCUGGACGCCAUGGCCAAGAUCUUUGCCCCCACGGUCGUCGCGGGUUCCGCCCACCCGCUCGACCUGCACUCGCCCUUUGUCCAGGAGCUGGUCCGCCUCAUCCAGGACGGCACGCUCAACGCCCGCAUCGACCUCGAAAAGGCCGUCCUGGUCGCCACCCAGACAGACCGGCGCACCGAGAUCCAGCAGUCCACCCUCGACAGCCUCCGCCGCUUCCGCCAAGAAGCCCACCUCCGCCUCCUACGCACCAGUAUCCUCCAGGCGGGCCUUGAAGUGCGCGCGCCCCCGGGCGAGCGGAAAAAGGGGCUCGACGAGCGGGGGGGGGAUCGGGGGCCACGCCGAGGUAUAGUCUAG